AUGGGAGGAUAAUAAGACAAAUAAUAAGCACCACCACCACCUACAACUCAAGAGAUACUAAUCGAUAUGAAAUUAGCUGCAAAGAGUUUUGAACGUGAUGCUAAAAAAGCUGAAAAAGAGAAAUAAUAAUAAUAUUUAAAAGCUUAACAAGCAAUAAAAAAAAAUAAUGAAGAAGGAGCUAAAUUAUAUUUGUAAAAUAUGAUGUAAAAAGAUAGAGAAAUGAAAAAUAUGUAAAGAAUGUCUUAAAAAAUGGAUGCUUUAUAAAUGUAAAUAAAAACAAAUACUUCCAAUACUGCAAUGAUAGAACAAAUUUCUAGAAUUACUCCUUUAUUAGGUUAAUAAGCUCAUAUGAUGUCUCCAGAAGCUAUAUAUUCUAAUAUGGAUUAAUAUGAAAAAGCUAUGGAUGAUAUAUUAGUUGGAGGAAAAAUUAUGGAUGAAGUAAUGAAUAAAAAUUAAGAUAGUGAUGUUAAUGGUAAUAUUGCAAUCGAUGGUAUGCUUAAUUAAUUAAAACUAGAAAAUAUGAAUGAAAUUAAUAAUAUUAAUGAUAAUAAUAUGGUCUUUAAUGAAUUGAAAAAUAAUGAAUUAAAUAAUUAGUAAAUGAAUAAUAAAUAAAUAAUUGACAAUAAUUUAAAAAAAUGA